AUGGAGACCCCCGAGCCGACGCUGUCGAACCUAUGCAUGGGUGUCGACCAGGACAUUUCCUUCCCGGCAAGCUUGACACUGCCUAUAAAUCUUCCCGGAGCACCUUCGGGAUCUAGCAUGUUCUCACGUUUUCCUGCCCACAAUACGGCUCCUUACGCUCAAAUUCCUGAUCAUCAAUUCUCUUUACUCGAAUCGUUUCCCGGGCCAACUGUGCCCAAUGGAAACAAAAUCGGCCCGGACAUCCCGCCACUGCCGUCUCAGAACUCGGAGCGAUCGUUGGGACCUACUUCCCAUCGCAAGAUCGGUUCACAGACUCAAUUUAUACAAAAUUUUAUGGAAAAUCUUUUGGAGCUCGACAUUGACUUAAUUCGACUCACGUCGAUGGAACCCCUGCUAUAUAACCCAGCCCCGAUGACCUCCGAACCAGAUAGCUCCGAUUCCCCUUCGUCAUCAGAAUGUACGAUCGACAUCAUCUUCCUUCUCACGCAACGAUUGAUCAAGCUUUUGCGAGUAAAUAGAAAUUCCUCAGUUCAGUCGCCCGCUGUGCAGAAUACGCAUUGGCAAAUACCGCUUUCCGCAUCCUCCACAUUUUCCUCGCGGUUCCAGCAGCUUAUCGCCACGCCUCAAGGCACGCCUGUAACUUCAGAUACGGAACCACUACAGCCAGGAACAAGGCUCGACCAACUGUCACUGCUGCAUGCCUUAUCUACAUACAUGCGGCUGAUCGAAGCUUAUUAUAAUAUUUUCUCGCAGACCGCUGAAAAGUUCGGUCCUGCAUUGGCCAAAGGCAUGCCCAUUCCACUGCCCUCGCUACAAAUCGGGGUGUGUUCCGUCGAUGAUCCGGCGAGUCACAUUGGGUUAAUGAUCCAGUCAGCCUUGCAACUACUAGACAGCCUGGGGGACUCGGUGGACAAACUUACGGCGUCUUUUGUAUCUAGCGAGAACGCCGAAAUCGACACCAGUCGACCGUCUAGUCCAUCCAGCGAGGAUAACGCAAUCAAAAUGGUGAUGAAGACGGUCCGGGAAAACGAAAACCGCUUAAUGCAGGCUGCAGCACAAUUGCAAAGCUGCUGCCAUAAAGGUCGACAAUCGCCUGAAUAA